AUGAUUCCCGAAUACUUAAAUCAUAUUGAAGCUGCUUUAUAUUUAUGGAGCGCUGUUUGGUAUAUCAAAGAAGACACAAUUGACGAUUAUUACACGUUAGCUGUACAUAAAAUAGAAAUAGUUGCUGCUUUCGUUGAAUUAGUCGCGUCUUUUGGAUGGUAAGUGAGUUGAUAGAUAAAUGAGAAGAGAUCAUUUUUUAAGUGUCUGUAUUUUUGAGGAUUAUGUCAUGGUAUCGGACUUAUACACGUACGUUAGGUCGUGGUUAUACGUUAGAUGAUCCAGAUACCAGUGCUUAUCUUUACUACCGACAUUACUAUAUGUUCUGUCCUGUUAAUAUAUUCAUAU